UUCUGUCGGGGAGAGUCUGGGAAGCUGUUACCUCCAAGCUGAGGCAGUUUGUCCAAGGCAGAACUAGAGAGGAGCAGGAUCCGCGGCAGGUACUGAACUGAAAAGCAUCUGCUUUGCUGCAGCAACCAAACCAGAUGCCUUCUUCCACUUCUUCAGACCAAGGAGAGGUUCAGGAACCCUGCAUUUUAAGAUUUUCUGACUUGGAUUUAAAAGAUACAAGUCUUACUAAUCCUAGCAUCAGUCUCAAAGCAGAGUUAGAUGGCAUUACAAAGAAGAAAUAUUCCUUUGCAAAGAAAAAGGCCUUUGCGCUUUUCGUCAAAACCAAGCAAGUUCUAGCCUUUGAAUGUAAAGAAAAGUUGUGGAAAUGCUGUCAGCAACUAUUCACAGACCCAGUCGGCAUCCAUAAACAUGUGUCAACACAACAUGCUGAUGAAAUUUAUCACCAGACUGCUGCUAUUUUAAGGCAGAUGGCUGUGACAUUGAGUACUUCAAAAAGUCUUAGGUCUACAGACCGAAUGAACCCUCUAAAAGAGUCCCUCACUCAUAGCCAUGAAGGGUCUGCUUGGCUCCCUGACAUAAGCUGCUUUAGUCCUGAUCUGCUGAUAAGUGGCCACGACUGUGAGGAAGGAGAGGUGUUGCUUUAUUACUGCUACCAGGACCUGGAGGAUCCCCAUUGGGUCUGUGCCUGGCAGACAGCUCUGUGUCAGCACCUGCGUCUCACAGGCAAGGUUCGAAUUGCUACGGAAGGGAUCAAUGGGACAGUCGGUGGCAGCAAAUUGGCCACCAGGCUCUAUAUGGAAGUAAUGAUUUCUUGCCCAUUAUUUAAGGAUUAUCUGUGUAAGGAUGAUUUUAAGACCAGCAAAGGAGGAGCUCACUGUUUUCCAGAAUUGCGUGUUGGUGUAUUUGAAGAAAUCGUGCCCCUGGGGAUCAGCCCCAGUAAGAUCUCCUACAAGAAAUCUGGAAUCCAUUUAUCCCCAGGUGAAUUUCAUAAAGAAGUAGAAAAGCUGUUAUCUCAGGCAAGUCAAGAACAAAGUGAUACUAUCCUGCUGGAUUGCAGAAACUUCUAUGAAAGCAAAAUAGGACGGUUUCAGGGGUGCUUAGCUCCAGACAUCAGGAAAUUCAGUUACUUCCCUAGCUACGUUGACAAAAAUGUAGAGCUUUUCAGAGAAAAGAGAGUGCUGAUGUACUGCACUGGGGGCAUCCGUUGUGAACGCGGUUCAGCCUACCUCAAAGCCAAGGGAGUGUGUAAGGAAGUGUUCCAGCUCAAGGGUGGUAUCCACAAGUACUUGGAAGAAUUUCCUGAUGGAUUUUACAAGGGGAAGUUAUUUGUUUUUGAUGAGCGUUAUGCCUUGUCCUACAACAAUGAUGUGGUAUCAGCAUGUUCCUACUGUGGAGCCCAGUGGGACCAGUAUAAACUCUGCUCUACUCCCCAGUGUCGCCAGCUCAUUUUGACCUGCCCUGCCUGUGAGGGACAGGGAUGCACAGCCUGUUGUGUCACAUGUCAAAACAAAGGAGUCAAGCAGGCUUCAGCCCCUACCCAGGAUAGCUUUAAGGAGGAAUGUGAGUGCACAGCUCGGCGGCCACGCAUCCCAAGAGAACCUUUGCCGCAUUCACAACUCCCUAUAAAUCUAGAGCCGCGGCCCACCGUUGGCGAAGAUGGACCUGUGCUUGUAUGAGAGGCACAGUCAGGAUUCCCCAAUCCUUCAUAAAGAUUUGGAGCAGCUAUGCACAGGAAAAUGUCAAGGUCAAAGAAACAGAGAAAUUGAGAGCUUUAGUGCUUGUCCAUACCAUCAUGGAACACUGGUCAUCAUGUUGGCCACCUGUGCGUCACUGGGAGGGGAGAAGUUGAAGAUGGUGGAGCGUGAGAAGACAGGCAGGCUGUGCAGGAUCCCAAAGGUGUUCAGGGGUAGAACCUUGAGACUGGUGACUAUGUCGUACCUGUUUUCUGCCAUGUGGUAGGGGUGUUGGUAGUCAUUUUGUUUUAUAAUUUUUUUAUUUUUAUUUUUAUUUUCUUUGGUGGAACCAGGGAUUAAACUCAGACCCUUGAGCUUGCCAGGCAAGCGCUUAUUCUACUGAGCCAGCUCCCCGGCCCCUCAUUUUGUUUUUUAGACCUAUCCAUCCUGGUGGCAAAAAUGUAAAAGCUCUGGCUGGGGGUGUAAACUCCUACCCCAAGUCACUUAGGUCAUCUGCUAUGUUCCUCUGACCCUUGACAGGGCCUGUAAACUGGUGUUUGACUCUCUUCCUGCCUCUUUCAAAUUUCUUGGGAAAGCCUCACCCAUUUCUUUACCUGUGAUCUAUGAAACAACUGAGUACUUGCAACAAAGAACAUACGACCCACAAAGUCUAAAAUAUUUUUAAUCUGUUUCUUAACAAAGAAGUUUGCCAACGCUGGGUCUAGACCCAUAGUUCAUCUGAUGGAGACAACCUUAAAAUCCAUCUUAUUUUUUAUUGUUUCUGUGAGACAUUUUCUUCCAAUAGCCCUGCUUUCCCAGUGUAUGCUUUAUCUUAGUUUUUAUGUGUUAUCUCUGAGACAUUCAGAUAAGCUACAUGGCACUGGCAUUUCAGCAUCAAUUUUUUUUUUGAUCAGCACCUGGGACACAAGACACUUCCCUAGUGAGGUCAUUCAGCACUGCCAUGGUGGCCAUCCAGUCUUCUGGCCAGCAUGUGGUAACAUGUUUCUGUUACACAGGACCCAAGAAACAUACACAGCCACACAGUCCAACAGAUUUAAUGUUAUAUCGCAGUUUCCAGUGAUGCAGAAUGCAGCUGCAAUUGUGUUUCAAGGAGAAGCCAAGUGGGAAUGGCCACCCUACAGUGUAGUGCCACUUCUGGGCCUAUUUGCAGCCUUAGUAGACAUUCUUCGUAGCGGUAAGGCCCCGGGCUCCAGCUGUAGUUACCCUGUACUGUCUACAUCAUUCGAGUUCAGCGUGCAAGACUGCCUUUUUUAUCAGAAGCCUCAGAAUCUGUGCUCAUCCACUCUUUGGCCUUGUCUGUUAUCAUACGAUCUGCUGGAUCCCUAAUGGAACUAACUCCCCAGAGCAACAAACAAAAGUAUUAAUAGUUAAACUGGCACAGUGGUGUAUUAAAAGGCACAAGGGCAAUGUGGCUUAACACUUUUGCUGACUCCCAAAUGAUGUGUAUGGUGGGAAAAAGGGAUCCAGUAGGAAUACCAAAAUUACAUUUUAAAAAUAAUCUUCAGGUAAUUUCACCUGGAUUUCCUAAUUUUUUAAUGCCUAGAUUUUCUCCAUUACUAUCUUUCUGGCACUUCCUUUGUGGGCCUAAGAUCAGCAUUGACUUGUUUAGUAAGUGAUGAGACAGGUUGUUGAAGUCUAUAUGCUUAGCCAUGCCAAAUACCGUAGCCACAGUGGACUGGAAAUGCCCUGGCAGUGUGGCCUCACUGGAGCCAUGUCCCCACUGAGCAGCAAGAAUUUGGCCCUAGGUUUAAGGGAACUAUUCUGACUCCAGUGUUCACUUGUAAGUACCUCACAGAUGUUCAUAAAGAACAUGGAGAAAUACAUUGUCUAGGGUGAUUUUUGAAUCUUGAAAUUUUAUUGUUGCUUUUUUCUACCAUUUUUCCCAUAUGCAGUAAAAGCAAUCUUUUUUUAAAUUAUUAUUUCUGGCAGAGUCUGUGACGUCAGUCUGUUUGUCUUUCUUGGGGGUAAAAUUGCAUUUUGAUCCAUUAACCAAUUUGGCAACUUUAAUCUUGAAGUUCUUAAAAUUUGAAGAAGGGUAAGUAAAGAGUGAUUACUUGUUCUUUUUUGCUAAAUAAGAUCAAAUGUGUAAUAAAGUGUUUUGUAAUACUUCCAAAAUUA